AUGGCGUUCAUCACCGAGACGGCCAACUACUGCUACCGCGUGAUGCCGUUCGGUCUGAAGAACGUCGGGGCCACAUACCAGCGUUUGAUGAAUAAAAUUUUCCAUGAUCAGAUAGGUCGGUGCCUGGAAGUUUACGUUGAUGACAUGGUCGUAAAGUCUGGUGAAGUUUCUGCCCACAUGCACCACCUCGCUGAAGUGUUCCGAGCGCUCAGGCAACAUCGGAUGAGGCUGAACCCUGAAAAGUGCGUGUUUGGUGUUUCAGGUGGAAAGUUUUUGGGGUUCAUGUUGUCCAAUCGGGGCAUCGAGGCGAACCCGGAUAAGUGUCAGGCCAUACUGGAGAUGAAGAGUCCCGGCACUCUUAAGGAAGUACAGAAGUUAGCAGGUCGGCUUACCUCGCUUUCACGGUUCCUUCCUCGGCUGGCCGAGAUAUCUCAGCCAAUCCUUGCCCUGCUAAAGAAAGCAAAGCAGUUUAGCUGGAUCGACGAAUGUGAAGAGUCGUUCCAACAAUUCAAGCAACGCCUUAGCUCACCCCCGGUACUCUCCAAACCGAAUGCCAGCUCCGAUAUGAUAGUUUACCUGGCCGUAUCAGGUCAUUCGGUAAGCGCUGUUUUGAUACAAGAAGACCAGAAGGAUCAGCGACCGGUGUACUUUACCAGUCGGACACUACAAGACGCCGAGAAGCGCUACCAGUUGAUAGAAAAGAUGGCUUUAAUGCUCGUCUACACUGCUCGCAGGCUCAGGCAAUAUUUCCAAAGUCAUAGGGUGGUAGUCCGAACUGAUUGCCCGAUUGCAAAAGUCCUUCGGAAGCCAGAAAUCGCUGGUAGAAUGAUGGUCUGGUCGGUCGAGCUCUCAGAAUUCGACAUAUCUUUUGAGCCGAGGGGACCUAUCAAGUCGCAACAUUUGGCUGACUUCGUCAACGAGCUCACCCCAGCAGGUAGUUUUCAAGACGAGCCAUGGACCAUGCAUCUCGACGGAUCAUCUAACGCUCAAGGAAGCGGGGCGGGGAUAAUUCUCGCUAGCCCCUCUGGCAUCACGGUAGAACAAUCGCUCCGCUUCAGUUUUCGAGCGUCUAACAACCAAGCGGAGUACGAAGCAUUGCUGGCCGGAAUGAGACUAGCAGCUGAAAUGGGUGUGAAAAAAGUCGUAUGCUGGACCAACUCAAAGAUUGUGGCCGAACAGGUCAACAACAACUUUCAAGUCAAAGAUGCUAAUUUGUUGCAGUAUUAUCACCUCUUCCAGAAACUCAAAGAUGAUUUCGCCGAGGUUCAAAUCCGGCAUAUUCUAAGAGGUAGCAAUGAACGAGCCGACCAGUUAGCUCGGCUCGCUAGCAGUAGAAAACUGGGACAGCUAAGAGCAACAAUUCACCUGGAAGUCCCUUCUCCAAGUGUGGCCGUAGAGUGCAUGGCUACCAAUGCUGAAGUACCAAACUGGAUGACUCCCAUUCGGAACUUCAUCCUCCAAGGGGAAUUGCCCACCGAUCUGAUGGAAGCGAGAAAGUUGCGUACCCAAGCAGCUCGGUACUCCAUAGUAGCUAGCGAACUCUAUAGGCGAGGAUUCUCCACCCCGUUGCUUAAAUGCAUUGACAAUCUACAGGCUGAAUAUGUAAUGCGGGAAGUUCACGAAGGUAUCUGCGGAUCCCAUUCCGGAGGCCGAACCCUGGCAGCAAAAGUGUUACGAGCCGGCAAUUAUUGGCCGACCCUGAAAGGAGAUUGUGCUGAGUUUGUCAAGAGGUGCAUACCAUGUCAACGACACGAAAAUGUCAUUCACGCAUCGGCCACCGAGUUACACAGCAUCAGCUCCCCGUGGCCGUUUGCGUUAUGGGGUAUCGACAUGCUCGGACCGUUCCCCGUCGCAAAAGGGCAGGUAAAAUUUCUUUUGGUCGCGGUCGACUACUUUACCAAGUGGAUAGAAGCCGAACCGCUCGCCUGCAUCUCGGCAACUAACGUUCAGAAAUUUGUAUGGAGGAAUUUGGUUACCCGCUUCAGCAUUCCAUACGCCAUCGUUUCGGACAAUGGCCUCCAGUUUACAGACAAGAAGUUCAACGCUUUCCUUGAAAACCUUGGAAUUCGGCACCGGUUCACGUCAGUGGAACAUCCUCAGUCGAACGGCCAGGACGAAGCUGCAAACAAGGUUAUUCUCUCCCAUCCCAAAAAGCGUCUCGGUACGGCUAAAGGAGCAUGGGCCGAAGAGUUACCGGAAGUCCUCUGGGCUUACCGGUGUACUCCGCAAUCAACUACCAGGGAAACACCCUUCCGCCUGACGUACGGCGUAGAUGCAAUGAUUCCGGUGGAGAUAGGCGAACCCUCGUUCAGGAGACAACAUUUUCAUGAGGAAGCUAAUGAUGACUCAUGCCGAGCCGAACUCGAUGUCCUUGAUGAAAGGCGAGAAAAGGCACGAGUGGUGGCAGAAGCAUGCAAACAACGAAUGAGCCGAUGCUUUAACUCUAACCUAAGGCCGAGAACGUUUCAGGAGGGUGACCUAGUCUGGAGAGCAACUGGUUUGGCCAGGCGGAACGCUUCCGAGGGCAAGCUCUCAGCUAAUUGGGACGGACCGUUUCGCAUACGGCAUGCGCUUAACAAUGGGGCAUACAAGUUGGAGGAGCUGUCCGGCAAAGUCAUUCCGAGGACCUGGAAUUCAACACAUCUGAAGACGUAUUAUAGUUGA